GGAUAUACAGUUCUUCUUUAAGGUUUUUUUUUUUUUUUUCUCUUCUCUUUUCUUUUCUUUUUUAGAUGCCAUAAGGGGAAGAGAAAGCAGAAAGACUCACAAAACGAGACAAGGGAAAGUAACCAGGGAGGAGGGAUAAGAUGAUCAAUAUCUAAUUAAUAUGAAAAGAAGAAAGUGAAGGGGCACUGGUAAAAACAAAGUAUCAAAUGCAAAUACUUGGGAAUGUGUUUUGAUCUGAAGUGGGGUUUGUUUUUUUGUCUGUGAUUUCAUGAAUGGUCCCAGAACCUAACAGAACCAGGGUUCUGAUCAAGCAAGAGAGGAGAAAACAAAAGGAAUACUUUGAAAGGAACAGGUUAAAAUCAAAAAUGAAAUUACUGGGAGUUUUGUCCCCUGCAAAAAAUUCCACUGCCAGUUUAGACCUCCUUAACCUAUAUAUGGUAAAUCAGAUAUCUUGUAAGAAGAAAACACCUGAAACUGUAAAAAAACCAUUCCAUGUGAAUAUGAAUAGCAACAUAAAAAUGCUUCCAAAGAAACGUGAAUUAGAACUUCCAAUGUCACCUCAUUGUACACCUUCUAAACUCUGCCUUGAUGAUGUAGAAAACAAUAUACACUAUCAAAAACUAGGUAACAAGGAAGAACUUGGCCAAGUUCAGUUAUCUCAAGUUAAGAACUCAUACAGUAUGUUUGAACCUCAGUUCAGCAAAAUAGAAAAGUGCAAUUUUACUCCACCAUCUUUUUCAGCAGAAUUAUCUUCUCACAGACAUAUUCCAAAACAAAAUUUAAUUCCCAGAAUAGCAUCUAGUCCUCAGAGUCUUGUAUAUGAAAAAAAUCAAGAUGGGCAGCUCAACAAUGUGGAUGGUUCUAAUUCUUUGGUUUCCAAAAUAAAUGAAAGUCAAGAUGAUCUCAGUUCAUCAUAUAAACCAGCACAAUUUGGAACAUUAUUUGAAAGAUUAAACAGUCUAGGAAAUGGGAAUUUCCUUUCUAAAAGAUCAGCAAUAAUUAUGAGUGAGGAUUUUGGGAACAUGGAUAAAAGAAGACAGUCAGAUUUCAUUAUUGAAAAACAGUCAAUACAACAAAUCUGGGGAGAAAAUGGAAAAGAAGUUUCAAGUUUUCUGGAGAAUGUGAAUGAGCCAACACAUAGACUUCUGUCAGAGAAUUGUGACUCUUUUGUUCCUCAAAAUAUGAUAAAUUUAUUAGACCUUGAUCAACAAAGGGUAAAGAAAACCUUUGACAAAUGUGGCUAUGAUAGUUUAGGGGAUAUUUGUUUGGUUACAAGUUCGGAUGAAAACCAUUCCAUUGAUGGAAACAGAAGCAUUUUUACAGCUCCAGAGUCAACUUUUAGUAGUUCUACUUUAAAUAAAACAAGUUAUCCAGAAAAACAUCAACCAAACAGGAACUAUCAGGAAAAGCACAACAAUAAUGAAAUAAAUGACUUUGCUACAUGUUUUGAGGAUUGUUACCUGAUCAGCUCUGAAAAGAAAGGAAAACUUAACAAUGUUUACCAAGAGAAAACACCACAGAAAAAUAUCCAGGAAUAUCCAGUGAACUCUAUGGGCAGUGUCCCUUUGCAAGAAUUGUAUUCUAAGCAAUCCUGGGAUUUAAGACUUGGUGAGAUUGUGAUGGAAGAAGGAAGAACAUGUUCUUUAAAAGGAAGGCCAACAUCCACAAAGAAAAUCUGUCUUGAUUCUUCACAGAGUAGUCAGUCUGCCAGUUACUCUCCAAGGCCAACGGAUAGUUGUUUAAGUUCUAGUUCAGAGAUGCCAUCAGAAGAUGAAGAUCAAAUGUUACAGCAAAUUGAAGACUCAAAUAAGAUAUGUGUCAAAACUACUGAAACAACCAAUGAUUUUCAUCUAGAAAGGAUGUCAAAAGUUUCAGGUGAUAGGAUUGGUAAAGAUAAUGCCAAAAUUCACAAACAAACUGAAAAUUUCUACCCAUUCUCAGUGAAAAAUAAUACAGAUCAAUCUCCUCAGUUGCAGUGCAAUUCAGCACAUGUGUUGCAAAACAUAAUCAAUAAUAACUGCAUUCUGCCAGUUGUAAGAUGUGAUGCAGGGGUACAAACAGAGAGAGAACCUGCAAUGGAAGAAAAAUUUGAUGCUGCCGUACAGUGUAAUAUAAUUUCACUGUGUACAUGUAGAAGUGAUGUGUCUCCUCUUUGCCAUAUAGAAAUACAGUGAAAAUAUUAAGGCAUAUACCACUGGAGGGCAGGAAAUCCUUAAGAAAAACUAGUAUUCUAAAAUCUCAGUCUAGGAUGUAACAUUUCAGUUGACCUUGGAAGGCAAUAAUAAAUGUUCAGAAUUUAAUUAACAUAAUAAGGAAUGAGAAAAUGUAACUAAGC